UCAAUAAAUCCACAAGUACAUCAAUGGGAGCAACUUAUCUUGUUGUUGCAGAUAUCUUCUUCCCUUCUGUCUCUGCACUGAUGGUUUCUUUCUUCAUGAUUGCCAUACUUAGCAUCGCUCUCACCAUUGCCACCAUUUAUAAAAUAAAAAAAGAUCGUCAGAAGGUAGCUCACACAGAUAAUGAUUAUAAAGUCAUAGAAGAAGAAAAUGCACACCUUCAAAAUACUUUAGACAAAGAAAAAACUGAAUCUGAUAAUGCUUUCAUAGAAAAACAGACAAAUUUAGAGAAAGACACAGCUGAACUGGACUUCAGACGGGCAUCUUCCAACCCAGUCCAUGUCACUCUAGAUCUUAACUGCAAACAUGCCAAACUCGACAUCAAAGAUGAAUGCAAAAUCAGACUGAACCCAGCACACUCAAGAAAGAAGGAUCUCAAAGAAACUCUGAUUGUAGUGGCAAAGGAGGGAUACUCUUCUGGAAAGCGGUACUGGGAGGUGGAAGUGGGAGACAAACCUGAAUGGGAGAUUGGCGUUCUUACCGAGGCUGCAAAGAACAAACUAACCAUGGAGAAACUGGAAAAGCCAUUAGAGGAGGAGUUUGUGGGUAUGCGAUGGUACCAGAAUCAGUACCACUGUAUUGGAGGGAACAGCCUUACUGACAAUCAGAAUGAACAAUGUAAAGUUGUAGGUGUUUUUCUGGACUUGCAAGAGGAAAUGCUCUCUUUUUAUAAUGUCCAGCUGAUGUUCCCUAUUAGGUCAAUCCCUAUAGAGUUCUCUAAGAAAAUGUAUCCAUUCUUCAAUCCAGGUUAUGAUGAGAAAUACUUGGGGGUCUGCCAAGUAAAAUACCUCUGAAAAUAGUAUUUGAUUUCUACCGCAGAAGUAAAAAACUCUCUCUCUCUCUCUCUCUCUCACACACACGGCUUGCCUGAAAGUUCUUAAAGCUGCCACACAAGUAAGACAUUAUAUUCACACAGAAUGUGGAAGAAAAGUUAUGUCACAUCCGAGACUCUCAGGGGAAGUGACCUAACACCAAAGAAUCUUCUGGUUUCACUUUUAAAAAGCAAGUACAAUUACUUUCUAAAUACUUAAAAUAAUUUAAAAAUGCAUGGGCAUGCAGACAGAAGGUGGCUUUAUAAGAAGGUGGAUUUUAAAAACUCAGCCAUGAUUGGGGGUGGGGGAAAACAAAUUUCCACCACCAUUUGGAGCUUCAAAAUGCUCUGAUGUUUUCCAAACUGGUUCAGAAAAGUCCAACCUGAAGUGGAUUGUGCAAGAUUGGGGUUCGGACUCUCUCCAAACCACUUCAAUUUGGAUAAAAUUGGGCCAUGUCUAAUUUCACUGAUCCGAUUUUCCACAGGCCUAACCAGUAGCGUUCAGUUUCUGAUGUUCCAUUUUCACUUGCAUGUCCUCAUCUGAUGUUCCAGCAAUUGAGUGGUGAACAUUCAUGAGGGAACAAGCCCUAAGUGACUGAUGAUGAGACAAGGAUCCUGGAAAUAGAAAUCAGAGUGGGCAAAUGCCGUUGCCGGGUUUAAGAUUUGAGGCAGAAGAAGGCAGAGAAAAUCAAAAGGAUAGAGAACUCAAGGCAAAACUGAUUUUGUUUAAUCCACACAAGUUGAUAACAGGAUAGGGUCAGAAACUGUGGCCCUCCAGCUGUUGUCGGUCUACAAGUUUCACCAUCCCCAGUCACAGUAGAUAGUACCCAGCGAUGUUGCAAGUUAAUGUUGCAAUAAGCAGUACAUGCCAAAGACUCAAAAACCCAGGGGACAAGAAGGUUCCUGAAGUAAUGCAGUUCAUGAACACAGUCUAGGACCACUGAUGUGCAUGUUUCCAAUUAUCUUUAUCAUAAAAGAGAUUUUAGCACAUUACAUGAAAUGUGAAAUGACCCAAUUAGUAUUUUUCACUCUUGGAGAAUAGAUCUCUAUUUCUAUCUGUGGAGUCUCUGAAUUAUGGAGCAUGGAUUUACUUGCUUCUACUCUCCAUUUUGACAUCUGCCUAACUUUCCCAGAUCAUAGUAAUACUAUAUAACUGUGAUCUUUGCUAUUUUUCAAAAAGGGGCUAAUUGCAGCAGGUGGGGGGGGAGUUUCAAUGAGAGAGCUAUUUCUAGUGUGCUGACCUCUACACAGUACUGGUCUUUUGUUAAUGCUGAGGGGGGUCCAUUAAGAGAGAAGGAGGCCUCUCUUAGGAGCUCUGUGGGGAAAGUGCUGGGAAGGGCUACACUUCCCAGCACUCUCUGAAUGCCUUCUGAUAUGGUGCAAGGAGUCAAGAGGACUGGCACUGGACUAAGAACAAUAUUAAAUGAUGGGAAUGGUCACUUCUGUGUGGUGCCAGGGGGGCUGUGCAGAAUAUUCAGCUGAAGCUGAAGCUGAAGCUUUGCACAGGCCCAAUAAACAAUUAGGGAACUUCACUUAGGAUAGAUGGGAGCAGUCACUGGCUCCCAGGCCUAACAAUGAAGGACACUGCUGUAUAGUCAAAAAUCUGGAUGGGCCUUGUAGGCCAUCUAAUUCAAUUCACUUGUUGCACUGUUGUUUCAUUGGAAUGUAAUAGGUAGAAUUUGGAGUUUAAAAAUGGCAGCUAUAAAAACUGAAUACCACGAUGGGUAUAUAUAUUUCUUCUUUCAAUAAAGUGUUUUUGUAUACUU